UGCUCUCUCUCGCCACUGCGGUGCAAGCUGCGUGCUCAGAUAAGGCUCAAUCGGGGGCGCAUGCGGAAGCUGUGCGCGUGCGCGGCAGCUGGGACGCCGGACCGCGGAGUGGGGCUGGUGCUGGCAUGGCGGAGGCGCGGCCCGGCUCAGGUACAUUGAAUUUCAGCCCUGGUGCUGCUGCUUCCGUUUCUGGAGAAGGACAACCAACAGAUAUAAACUGGGUAAAUAAAGAUAGGAAAGACUCUAACAGUAAUCAGAAUAGAAGUAAGAUACCAAUUCCUAGUCUGUAUUCUGAAAGAGGUACAGAUCAUGAAAGCUCUUCCACAAAGCAUCAUGGCUUUUGUAAUCUGGAAAGUCAGUAUGGGAAUUCUGAAGACUUCCACCAAUAUUUUGGUACUAGUAAAAGUUUGAAGAAUCGCAGCUUGCAAAGCCAGAGAUUGCAUAGAUUAAGAAAUGAUAGCACAUGUGCUAGAAAUAAGACAAGGCAAAGUACUAGUGAUACGGCUGCAGGUCCAGGCAUUUCAGAUGCUGCGCUAGUACCUGGUAGAAGAGCACCUCCUAGAGGAUACAGUGAUUUUCUCUCCUCAGAGAGUGACAGGGAAGUACUUAAUGCAGAUAGCAGAGGGGCAAAGCCGAAGAAAACACAUCUGAUACAUGUAUCUGGGAGAGGUUUUAGGGAAAAGGGAAAGCAGAUACAUGACCGUGAAAAGCGGAUGAGCUCUAAACAGAAAGUAGAGCUGUUUGAAAAUUUUCCAUCUUUGGAUUUGACGCAGUCUGACUCUUCAGAAUCGUCCAUUGGAAAGGCAUUCUGUGAUGCACCUUUUGGAAGUGGGGAUGAGCAAAAAGGCUACAAUAAUGUAAACAAAAGAUAUCCCCGGAAGCCUGUGUGGAAUAAACCCCCAGUAGAAAAGGAGUGUCAGAAAAGACAUGAUUCUCACCGUAUUAAAAAUUCAAAAGUAGGUAAGAAGUCUUCUGUUGCAUAUACUCCAAAAGAUAAAAAUGAAAGGAAGAAAGAACUCCUUGCUCACAAAAAUGAUGAAAACUUGACCAGUGAAAUCAGACAUCAGUUGUCUGAGUCUCUCAGGUUCAGUGGAAGAAAUUUCUUGCUAAAAGGGGAUCAAGUACCUUCACUUCAUUUCAGCUGGACCCAGUACUGGAAGAAGCAAAGUGAUGUACCAAAAAACAAAGAAACUCAUACAGGGUCAUUGAUUGAACAGCUGACCACAGAGAAGUAUGAGUGCAUGGUAUGCUGUGAGGUGGUCCGAAUAGUAGCCCCAGUGUGGAGCUGUCAGAAUUGUUACCAUGUAUUCCACCUGAAUUGCAUCAAGAAAUGGGCACGAUCACCAGCUUCACAAGCUGAAGAUGGCAAUAGCGGUUGGAGAUGUCCGGCUUGUCAGAAUGCUUCUGUGCAAGUUCCUAAAACUUACACUUGUUUCUGUGGUAAGGUGCACAAUCCUGAAUGGAAUAGAAAUGAAAUCCCACAUAGCUGUGGGGAACUUUGUGGAAAGAAGAGGCAGUGUUUGGACUGUCCACAUCUUUGCAACAUUCUGUGCCACCCAGGACCGUGCCCUUCGUGCCCAGCCUUUGUGACAAAAACAUGUGAAUGUGGACAAACAAGUCAUUCAGUUCGCUGUGGUCAAUCAACAAAAAUUCAUUGUUCUAAUGUAUGUGGAAAUACUUUAAACUGUGGAAAGCACAGCUGUACUCAAGUGUGCCACUCGGGAAAAUGUUCACCUUGCCAGUUAACAGUACAGCAAGUGUGUUACUGUGGAAGCAACUUCAAAGAAGUAUUGUGUGGAUCAAAGGAAGAAUUCUCUGAUGGUUUUGGGAGUUUCUCAUGUCAGAAUAUAUGUGGCAAAAAAUUAAAUUGUGGGAGACACAACUGUAAGCAAGUAUGCCAUCCUCAGCCUUGCCAGCUCUGUCCACGACUUCCACAAGUUGUGUAUCGUUGUCCCUGUGGUCAGACUCCUCUCAGCAAGUUACUGGAACUAGGAUGUGUUGAACGUAAAAUUUGCACAGAUCCUAUCCCAUCGUGUGGAAAAACAUGUGGCAAACCUCUUUCUUGUGGUAGCUAUGAGUUCAUUCAUACAUGUGAAAGCCUUUGCCACGAAGGAGACUGUAGACCAUGUUCUCACACAUCAAAUAUUUUUUGUAGGUGUGGCUUCAAAAAAAAGGAAAUCCCAUGUGCUCUUCUCAGAAAUAAAGCUGCUAUUACAUUCAUGUGUGACAAGCGAUGCAACAAGAAGAGAUCAUGUGGACGACACAAGUGUAAUGAAGUUUGCUGUGUGGACACAGAACAUAAGUGCUCUUUGGUUUGUGGUCGUAAACUCAACUGUGGGCUUCAUAGAUGUGAAGAACCCUGCCAUCGUGGCAGUUGUCAAACGUGCUGGCAAACAAGUUUUGAUGAGUUGACUUGUUAUUGUGGUGAAUCUGUGAUUUACCCCCCUGUUCCCUGUGGCACUCAGCCACCAGAGUGUAAAAAAACAUGCACCAGGCCACAUGACUGUGAUCAUCCAGUGUACCAUUCAUGUCAUAGUGAGGAGAAAUGUCCCCCCUGUACCUAUCUCACUCAGAAAUGGUGUAUGGGCAAGCAUGAACUGCGAAGUAAUAUUCCUUGUCAUCUCACUGACAUUUCCUGUGGACUUCGCUGCAAUCAAAUGUUAAAAUGUGGAAUGCACAAAUGUAAAAGAAUUUGUCAUAAAGGAGAAUGUCUUAUAGAUGAAGAAUGUAAACAGCCAUGUAUUAUUCCAAGGCUAUAUUGUAAUCAUCCAUGUAUGGCCCCGUGUCAUCCUUCUUCACACUGCCCGACAACAUCCUGCUGUGCAAAGGUUGAUCUUCAGUGUGAGUGUGGAAGAAGAAAAGAAAGUAUGAUAUGCUCCGAAGCAUCUAAUACAUAUCAAAGAAUAGCUGCUAUAUCUAUAGCAACUAAGCUAACCGAUCUACAGCUUGGGGAUUCAGUGGAAAUCAGUAGGCUUAUUACGAAAAAAGAAAUGAAACAAGCCAGGUUGCAAUGUGACGAAGAAUGCUUAGCUAUUCAGAGGAACAGGCGCCUUGCUGAAGCCCUUGAAAUAGAUGAUAAUUCUGAUCCUUUUAAAAUCCGUUCCUCUGGACCAAAGUACAGUGACCUUUUAAAAGAAGAUGCAAGGAAGGAUAUAAAAUUUGUCAGUGACAUUGAGAAGGAAAUGAGAAUGCUUGUGGAAGCUGUGAAUAAGGGCAAGCACACAAAGAAGAGUCAUUGUUACCCACCAAUGAACAGAGAUCACCGCAGAAUCAUCCAUGAAUUAGCUCAGGUUUAUGGCAUUGAAAGUGUGAGCUAUGACAACGAACCAAAGCGCAAUGUUGUUAUCACUGCAGUGAAAGGGAAAUCCGUUUGUCCAAGCAAUACCUUAACUUCUGUGCUAGAUAAAGAAAUGCAGAGCAGGCCUGCACCUCCUCUUCUUCAUUACAAACAAACAGAUAAGACUAGUGGAAACAAACCAUUAAAGGAAGAGCCAGUAAUUGACUACUUUGAUGUCCAGGACUGAAGUGAUUGAUAUAGAAUCAUUCAGAUGAAUAAGAAUCACAUAGAUUAUGAUACAGAAGCUUAGAGGUGAAAAUACUAAGUUAUUGUGUGAGGUGCUUUUUGAUUAUCUGUCAAAUGACCAGUUGUUCAGCAUAUUCAUAAUUUAACAUCUAAAGUUAGCUAGAUAUGCUAGAUUAAAAAGUUAAGCAUUUCAACAGUUUAUGUAACUGCAUAAUACCUAAUCGUGGUAUGAGUUUAUUAAAUCUGGGUUUGGUGCAAUUUUGUAUCUAAUGUGCAGUCAGAAUAAUUUAGAUUUUCAUUGAUGACUUUGAAGCAAGAGAACUGAUGGUAAGCAGAUAAUAUUUUUGAAAUAUUAAGAACAACAAUAAAUCUCAAGUAUUUAUUUUGAUGUAUCACACACAACUUAAAAUGGACCAGAAAUAAUCUGUGAUAAAAACACUGUUUGGGAUAUUCUUAAAGUAUAUUAAUAUUUUAUUAAUUCACUUUUGUGUUAUUGUGGUAAAUUUGAGAAUUUGAGUUAGUCUUCUACAUAGAAAGAAAUACAAAAUUUAAGUAUAAAUACAUACAUAAAUGCCUGUUAAGAACACAGAAUUGCUUUGGAUUCUGAAGAACCAGUAUUUGGGGAAGGUGGGGAAUUAAAACUUACUCUAAUUUAUCUCAAAUUUGAUGUGUUUAAAAAGAAAAGCAAGCAAAAACAAAGAAAAACAACAACAAAACCACCCUCACAACAGGAGAUUACUAAUACUACUACUUUUUUAUUCAAGACCUUGAACAAAAUCAAACUUUAUAUAUUAUUUUGGUGUUCUGGGCAUGAUUUUAUUGUGGUUUAUAUUUUUUUCUGUACUGUGCAAGCAUAAGAUGAAUGUGUGAAGUUUGGUUUUAGUAUGUUAUGAAUUUGUAAAAUUUAUAAGUCCAACUGCCUAAGCUAUUUGGCAAUGGAAAAUCUUUGUUUUAUGGGAAAUUAACAAAAUUAACAAAAUGGGAUGACAGUUUAAACACUGAAAGACGCCUGAGUGUUCUCAUGAUGGUGAAUUGUUUCCAGAUCUUGAUUUAAGAUAGGUGAGUAGCUCUCUGGGAGAGGAGAUUGUAGGUCUGAUCAGAAGAGGUGGUGCAGCUCUGAAUUGGAGUCAUAUCUGUUCUCCUGAGGAGAAGGUUUUUUGUAUUAAUAGCUUUAGGAACUCUGAUGCUGAUGCACUCUGAUUCUUAUUCCUUGUGGCUGCUACUUGUAAUACUUGAGGUGAGUCCCCUAUACAGCAUAGGAGGCUGAUGAUAAAAAGGGGCUCACUACGUUGUAGUGUGAGAUUUGUUGCCAAAAAAUUGAAAGCUCAUGCUUAGAUUCACGUAGAGUUAUCAUAUGACCCUGAGCCUUAACUAUGAAUCAUUCCAUGGCUACAUUUCAAUUGAACACCUCAUGAAACAUGGAAGAACAAGUAGAAAACUCACAAACCAUAUUGUCCCCCCCAAAUGUUCUAAAAAUAAAAUGCUUGCUAUUAUUGUA